CAUCAGUUCACAGCCGUUGCCGCAAUUGAACGGACAUACAAAAUUCGCGAGUUUUAGUUAACGAUGGGUCUGCGUAAUUCCAAGUCGAAAAAGAGCUAUGAAGUAGCCGCUGCCGGCACACAAAAACAAAGGAAGGCCUCGAGUAAAAGUUCUCGGUCAACUAAUGGGAAAAUUGAGAGUUCACCCACUCAAUCAGAGGCUUCAAGACCCAUCCCGGCAAUAGAAGAUAUCAACUUGGGACCAGAAUGGCUAAAUAAAACGCAAUUUGAGGAAUUACUCACCGCAAAUGUCGCCCAGUUCUCAAAGAUAGUGGGUUUCCGGGUGAAACCCGCCAUGGCUCCCGGAGAAAACUACGCCACUCAAAUGCUGAGGAUCAGCAUAGAUGUGGAACUCACUGACAAGAGCAACAAACUGGUCUCCUUCAUGAUGAAGGUACCACAUAAAACUCCCCAAAUGGAACAAAUGCUGGCCAUGGUCAACUUCUUUAACAGCGAGAAUGCAGUCUACUCGGAUAUAUUGCCUAAAUUGGAGGAGCUUUACAAGUCCAAAGGUCUGGACAUAACUUUCGCACCCAAAGCAUUUAAAUUGGACUCCGAAAAAGAACCCAACUUAGCCAACACAGUGCUCAUGAAUGAUAUGAGCCAGGAUGGUUUCAAGAACUUAAAUCGCCUGGAGUGCCUCAACUUGGAGCAAACAAAGUUUGCCCUGAAAAAACUUGCCCAGUUCCAUGCGGCAUCUGCCAUGAAUGUUCAGGUGAAUGGACCCUAUGCAGAUGUGUUCGUCAAUGGAGCUUUUGGUGGCAACAAGGAGGUUUUGAUGGCAUUUUACGAAGGAAUGAUAGCCUCUUUCCGGACGGCUUUUAUGGCCAACCUAAAAAACUUUGAGAACGGCGAAGACUUUCGGGAGAAGCUUGACGCAGCAUUUUCGAAGAUCACUUUGGACUUUGAAAAUCUAAUGAAGAGCGAUCCCACCGAGUUCAAUGUACUGAACCAUGGCGAUUGCUGGAUGAACAACCUGCUGUUUAAGGUCGACUCUAGGGGGGAAGUGGAAGACAUGGUGUUUGUCGACUUCCAGAACCCCAAGUACGGCUCUCCCACCCAGGACCUGUUCUACCUUCUACUCACCUCGGUGCACAUAGACUUCAAGCUGGAUUACUUCGACUUCUUCAUCAGGCACUAUCACGAACAGUUGAUCAAGCACUUGAACCUCUUGGGUUUCACCGGUAAGCAGCCUUCGCUUAGGGAGCUACACAUGCUGAUGUACAAGUACGGAAGUUGGGCCUUCUUCCCCUCGAUAUCCGUGCUGCCAGUGGUGCUCCUGGAUCCCAGCGAGUCAGCCACCUUUGACAAUUUCCUUAGCGACAACGAAGAUGCCACCAAGUUCAAGAACCUCCUGUACGCCAAUAAGCGCUACAAGGGCUACAUCGAAAAGAUUCUGCCCUGGCUGGACAACAGGGGUCUCUUGGAGGCCUACACUCAGUCCACCUUAACAGAAUCGCAGUCUUUGGAACAGUCAGUGAAUUCCAACCAGAUAUUAGACUGGCUCAGUGUUAGCGACUUUGAAGAUAUAAUCUCCUCCUCUGAACCCGAGUUUGAAAAGAUUUUGGGAGGUGAUUGGAGUUCGGCAACGAAGCCAGGGGACAACUACGCUUCUAAACUUCUUAAAGUUGAUAUACAGGCACAACUAAAAGAUAAAAGUGUGAAGACGUUCUCGUACAUACUGAAAGUGCAACCACCGAAAACCGUUGAUAACUUCACCGACAUUAAUAUGUUCCCCAAGGAAAUGGAGAUGUAUCGCAAAUAUGUUCCUGCGUUCGAGAAACUCUAUAAGGAUGCCGGCUUGGCAAUCACAUUUAGUGCGAAAUCAUUCGUGCUAAAUAAACCUGUCAAGGAAGAAUAUCUGCUAAUGGAGAAUCUCCAGACAAGUGGCUUUAAGAUGGCCGAUCGCAUGAAGGGAUUGGACCUGGAGCAUUCCAAGAGCUCACUUAAGAAGCUGGCCCAAUGGCAUGCGGCUUCCAUUAAAUAUAAGGAGAUCAAUGGACCCUACACCCCGCUGUACAGCGAUGGAAUUUAUAUUGAACAGACGAGAGACCUAUUCCAUAAUAUGUUUGCGCAGGCGAAGAAUUCGUACAUUGAGAUUGUUGGAAAGUUUGAGGGCGCCGAGGAGUAUCUGCCCAAGCUGUCAUGGAUUUUGGACAACCAUGUAGACCAGAUUAUUGAAGAUGCCAAAAUCAAUGAGGCAGAGUUCAAUGUACUCAAUCAUGGAGAUGCCUGGGUAAACAACAUUAUGUUUCAAUACGACUCUGAAGGGAAUCUCAGGGAAACCUUAUUGCUGGAUCAUCAGAAUACUAAAUACGGCAAUCCAGCUCAAGAUCUUUACUACUUCCUUAUGAGCUCUGCAGAGUUGGAUAUCAAAGUCGACCAGUUUGAUUAUCUGAUCAGGUGGUAUCAUGAAAAUUUAGUGAAGCACACAAAUUUGUUGAAAUACAAUGGAUUUGUACCCUCUCUAAGUGAACUGCACACUAUUUUGAUAGAACAUCCCGCUUUCGCUGUUGGCACAGUAAUCAGUACCUUAACCAUUUGCCUCAACCAGACCGACGAGGCCUUUAAUCCUGAAGCCUUUUUCGUCGAAACGCCGGAAUCCGAAGCAUUUAGAUUGCAGCUUCUUGGCAACGAGCGUUACAAAGCCCAUAUUGAGCGGGUUAUGCCUUGGCUUAAUAGGAGGGGCCUCCUUGAUCCUUAAAAGAGCUACCCUAAAUGUGAUAUUUUUUAUAUAAAAUAGAAAGAAACCAUGAAACAAUUGUUGAUAUUUGUAAAUAUCUGAACAA